UCAGUGACAAAGAAAAUUUCCAUAAUCACACAUCAAGUUCGAGUCCGAGUCUGAUCAUAAUAUAAAAUUUGCUGCUAGAAAGUUAAAAAAAAAAAAAAAAUACAAAACAAAUAUAAAUAUCCAAUCAAAGGAUAAAUGCUAAGUUCUAGUAGAAAUCCUUUUUAUAAUGACUUUGUACUAAAUGAGUUUAAUUUGUCACCAAAUCAUAAAUAAAUGGUGAGAGAAAAAGAAAAACACGUAAAUGCGUAACAGAAAAAAAUCCCAUGUGAAGUGAACUGAGCCAAAUUAAAAAAAAAAAAUUCUUUUCUUUGUGUUUAAUAAAAACAAGAAAAAAAAAAAUUCCCCCUACACAAAAUCGAGAGAAGAAAAAAAAAAUUAAUAAAAAUAAAAACACUGCAACAGUAGAAAAAGAUAGAUGAAAACAAGGCAAAGGGGGGUAGAAGAGAGAGAGACACAAAGUCGUGUCAACCCAACAUAUUUAAUAGAAUUUUGUUUUUUUUUUUUUUUAUUAUUAUUUUACUGCGUAUUUUGAUUCUAACCAAACAAAUUUUUAUACAAUUUUCAUUGAAAAAUUUGCAAACUAUCAAAAUAAUGAUGAUAAACUUUUGUUAAAUGCAAAAAUUCGAUCUAAACAAUGUCCAUUGCAUUAAUGUCCUGUUCUGAGACAUGUUUUAAGAAAAUAUCAAAUUUAAAUUGAAAAUUGAGAAGAGAAAAAAAAAAAAACAGGAAAAAUAAAAAUAAUAAUAGAAAAGUGCAUGGAAAGAAGAAAAAGAGACAGAUUGAUAAAGACUACUCAGUGCGUGGGUGACUGAAAGAGAUAGAAGAUAGUCUCUCAUUUUUGUAACUGUUGUAAUUGUAACGUCAAACCAAUAACAACAACAACAACGACUAUACAAAAAAACACAAACACGCAGCAGCAAUGUUGCCGUGGUUCAAUGUAUGGGAUGGGUUAAAGAACAAAACAUGCAGAUACCUCCUGCAAAGGUAUCUUGGUCAGUUUCUCGAGGAGAAACUCAACCUGGAACAGCUGAAUGUUGAGCUGUACAAUGGCAAGGCGACCGUCAGGGAUGUUGCCCUCAAUUGCAAGUCCCUUAACGAGUUGUGCGAGGCCCAAGGAUGGGGUGUCGAAGUCACUGGUGGCCACAUUGGUCUUAUUACUGUCCAAGUACCAUGGAAUGCAAUUAUGACCAAUGACAGUUUAAUCGAAGUAAGUGAUCUUUUCAUAUCUCUGCGUCCGGUACAACGACAAACCGAUGGCAGUUCAAUGCUCGAAUCGAUGUGGUCAUCUGUGAGCAGUUCAAUGCAAUUGGCACAGGAAUGCCUCGAGAAACAUGCCAAAGACGAGGAAGAUUUUGAAUUUAAUGCACAAAGUAAUUCGAUAGAAGGUCUUGAAAAAUUCGCUCAAACUAUCGAUAGUGUUCUAAAUAGAAUAAAGGCAAAAUGUCUUAACACAGAAAUAAGACUGGAAUACCUUCCACCGAACAGUAGCCAGGGCAUAGCUAUAGUUAUAAAAAUUCAAAGUUUGAGUUAUAGAAAUGAAGCGGGAAGUGGCAGCGGCGGCGCCGGUGGUGAGGAGGGACAAAAUACUCAAGCAGAUUUGCAAUCUAGAGAAGAAGUUGACGGUGAAGAUGGCAGCCAACAUAUUCAAACCCUCUCCACAUUUGCCACACACAACAUUAGCAUGGAGGGAAUAACAAUUUUCACAGAGGAAUUUAGGGUUUCACAACCAAACAGCAGUAAUCCACUUGGUGGUGACCAAUCAACACUGGACGAAAGUCGAACACGCACUCGAAAUAAUACCGAUUUAGAGCAAAGUGUCGAUGAUCCUUUCUACAGUAUGAUCUCAAUGGCAGAUCAACUACCCUAUACAGGGAGUUUCAAACGCACACAGGAGUCGGCGAUGGCUGCUUCCCGAUCAUCAAGUUCAUCCUCGUUCUCGCGUCGUUCGAGAACACCAACAGCUUCCACCGCCGACGAUGAAGAAGACACUGAUCCCGAAGAGGAUGAAACAGAACAGCCCGUAAUUGAGGUCUUUAAUUCCAAAUGCAUUCCCAUUGUACGAGUCGAUGGGAAGCAGGAAAUUAAGAUUAAAAUGAAACAAACAGAAGAUGUUCACGGACCAAAAGUGUCGCUGGAUGUACAACUAGGUGCUUUAUAUGUGUUCUCAACUCCACGACAACUUCAUUUGGUGACGAAUUUCUGUGAUGCAUUCUUCGCUGAUGCCCCAACAACAACAACUAUUAGCAAAGAGAUGCCCAGUGCUGGUCGAACAGAUCCCUCACAGACACAAUCGACUGGUCUGGGUGGAAAUAAAAACUUCAGCUCGAACAUGACAGGCAUUCUAGGUGGCCAGGGUAAUUGGGGUGAGCCCUCUGAAGAUUUCAGCUAUCGAGGGGGGUCCUCUAAGAAAGCUCCGAGUAUGUAUAGUAAUGAUGAUGUUAGGUCAACUCUGGGUAGCGAUUACUGCGAGUCUGUCAGCAGUUCACUAAGCAGCAGUACCACAACAACGUGUUCAUCGAAGUUUGCCCGGAAAGCGGCGAACUUGGAAGCUAGUGGCGAUAUAUCAAAUUUCAAUAUAACCAUAGCUUCGGCGGCAGUGGUAGUUUUACACGAGGACAUUCUGCUGGCUUGCAGUAGCAAAGAUAUACCAGGAAGUCCGUUGAGUGUAGAGAGCGAGUUGAAUCUCUUAAAACUCUCAAAUUACUUUUUCUCGUGCAUCGACGAAAAGGCAGGAUUAAUUGGAUUCACCUGCCAAAAGAACCAUUUAAAGAUGUAUGCAGCUCCCAUUAUAGCCGAGGGUAUACAACAACGCAAUAAGAAUUUGAUUUCCAUGAAGUUCUCAAUCUCAAUGACGCGAGUAGAUCUGCAUGAAGUCUUGGAAGAUGUGGUCACACCUUUGUUGGAGUUCGAACGCACUGAAAUGUGUGAUGAGGAAAUUCACAAACGUCCCGAAAUGAUAAUUCAAAUGAAGACCACAACUCCAUCAUUGAAUCCAAAUAGUAGAAAGAGAAAAGUACCAAUUCCUCCGCGUACAGAGUUUGAUAUAAGUUUGGACAAGUGUACAGUGGAAUUGGAUAUUUCAAUUUAUGACCGGCUGUCUGCAAUAUUCUGUUCGUCACCGUUUAGUGUGGACACUCCUCCAGCAGAGGAGAUAAAAAAGAACGAAAGUCGACAUUUGGAUCCUAUAAAGGAGUUCAAUAUAACUUCUCCCAUAUUGCAGCUAAGACUUAGAUUCCCAAUUGCAGAUAGUCGGCCGAUACAUGAUCCGAAUCGAGUACCAUGGUGGAAACAGAAUGUUCGACCUGAUUUAUUGUUGUUGUCGUUUUAUCAAACCCGCUUAAAAUUCUCCUCGUUGCUUAUUGAGCUUUUGGCUAAUGAGAUUGAUGCUUAUUAUGUGGAAAGUCAUACGAUUCCUAAAAUCCAUUUAUUUAAGUCUAAUUUGGUGAAUAACAGUAUACCAACAUUAAAAGAACCUAAUGUGGAUUAUCCAAGAAUAACAAUUGAAUUCCCCAGCGAAAAGACAUUGAAUACUUUAAUUAAGUGCUGCACUGAGGAUAGUGACAGUGCUGAAACAUCGGGCGAGAGCUGUGAUUUGUAUACACGAAGAAGUCGUGAAUACGUGCCCUUUAGUUCCAAACGGGUGUGUCGUCAAAGCGAUACACCACAUCCCAAUAUAAAUAAAGAAGAAUGCGAAACAAUCCUAUUGCCUGGAGAUUCGCAAGAAAUGAGAAAGUUUUGCGACACGGCUAUGAAAACUUCAAAGUUGCAAAUUAAAAUUAGUCUUCCAACGGCUUUGAUACAAGUGAGUUCCAAGCAACUCUACGAAAUCAUCUAUAACCGUGUCAAUACCGACUUACUAAUGUGGGAGCCAAGUUCUCCGAGUUUUAUUAGGAAAGCCAAACCCCCACCAGCACCAACGAUAGAACAAUCUCUUCUCAAUAUCGGAAUGAUGGAUUCAAUGUAUGUGCCAUCUACAUCACCCGUACAUCCCUACGACACUGACGAUGCCAAAACUCCAAAGCAUUACUCAUCGUCCGAAGAUGAUUGUGGUGGUGGCUGUGAGCCCGAAAGUGGAACUUCAGACAACGAAUCGGACAGUAUAUACUACUCGACAUAUGAAAAGAAACGAAGCAAACGUAGUAUUGCAUCGCAAUCAUCAAUGAAAACGAGUGGUUGUUCGUUUGAAUUUUUAGUUGGAAAAGGAGUAUUGUCACUAUUUCCUCCUGUAAGAGAUGCAGAAAAUCGUGUAAUACCAAAUCAACUUGGUGAAUUUAGAAUUGCAGUUGAGGACUUUUGUUUAUUCUCUGUAAGUGGAUUCAAUGGCAAUGAAAAUAUGGCUUAUCUUUGUUUGCAUACAAAAGAUCUUCAAAUGUUUCAUUGUGGUCUUAUCCCAACUAGAGACUCGGAGCCAGGAUUACCCGAAUUCAAGUGUAUACCUAACCAUAUGCAGUCAACAUUUUAUUCUUCUCCGCCAGAUCUCACUAAAGGUGACGGUGAAGGUUGCAUCAAUCGUGAAAUGCUUUCGUUAGCCAUCGAAAUCAAAAAAGUUCCCGACCAAUCACUUAAGCGUUUGAAGAUAACUACUGGCAUUCAAAAAGCUACUUUGCGACAUAACCCAGCUCUGUCGCAACACACCUGGCUGAAUCAGUUGAUAGACUUUCUGGACGUUGUUGAUUAUCCAAUUGAAGGAUAUAAACCGUAUGGGAUUGUCACAGAGAUACAGGUUCAUUUGUGGGACUGUGCCAUUGACUAUCGACCCAAGAAUUUCCCGUUCCGCAGUGUUAUAGAAAUUGGUUCGUUUAUGAUGAGCAGUAAUAUUGUUUCAUCAGUUCCUGGUUGCACAUUGCGUUUCAUUGCCGAGGAGUGUAUUCUUUCUUUAGCUCCUUAUGAUCCUAAAACAAGCAAACCAGAAAAUAAAGUCACUGCUUUGCCAUCUAGCAAUCUAGUCCCGGUAAUUGAUCUUGGUCUGCUUGAUAUUUCAUUGCGUUUAAAUGAGAAAUCAUCUGAACGUAGUCCGAAGCUAGAUUUGCGAACAUCAAUCCAAGAUGUUCACAUACGAAGUUGUUUUGAUUCAGGCAGAGCUUUGGCUACUCUAAUUGCCUAUGUAGCAGGUGAUGGAGAUCUUAUGACUACAAUUGACGAUGACGAAAGUAUGACAUCAUCCAUGGAAUCAUCUGUCUACAGUGAUGCUAGUUUGUUCUCGGUCAAGGAUAGAAAAAGUUCAAUACCUGAAAUAUCAGCACGUCAGCAGGAACGAGUUAAUAUGAUGAUGGCCGAAGCAGUUCAAGAGACUGUCAGAUCGAAUGCAACUUUAGAUGAAGAUGCAGAACAUAAAUUCGAUCGUGGUGUUGAGGUGUUUUUCUUUCCCGAUGAGAGUAAUCAAGGUUUAGAUAAGGAUGCUACUCCAACUGCUGCUGUUGGUGAUAAGAAACUUGAUGCACCAUCAUUAAGUGGAGAGCAAAAUAAAGCAUCACCUGUUCAAGGGUUAUCUCGUACUAAUAGCAGUUCGGAUGAAUGGGCUUACCAAGCCAUUCGGCACAGUGGUAGCAGUAAUGAGCUGCAAGAUUUGCUUAAUUUUGAAACGUCUGUGAUGAAGAAUUCGUAUAUAAAUCAAGAAGAUGACGAUGAUGCUGUAGAAGCAUUGCCACAAGUUCGAGAAGAACUUGGUGAUGUUAAACAGGUGGAGAAGAUACCGGCUGCUAUGAAGAGUAGCAUGGGUUUAGAUGAUGAUUUUUGUGUCAUAGCCGACGAGGAGAAGUCAUACUUGUCUCAAUGUGGCAUUCGAGAUCUUAUUAUAUCUGAAGAUCCAUUGCGUAUGGUGGACAAUCAUUUCAAGUUGCCAGCGGGAAAACCCGACCUCCUCCAGGCUCCCGAAAAUUUCCCAAUGGCCGAGUAUCGAUAUACAUUAUGUGAGAUGACCCUAACGUGGCAUUUGUAUGGCGGUAAUGAUUUCCCCUUACAAUCCACCGAAGUGACAUCAACAGAGGCGAAGGACAAGGAAAAAAUCCGUCCAGAACCCCAACCAUCCAUGUCCGAUGCCUUCAAACAUGGUGUUUCAUACUCCAAAGGUGCCGAAAACAUCAGUUAUGGCAAAAAACCAAAAGAAAAACUCAGCUGGCGAACCGAAGGUGGACCCAAUCGUAAUCACGAGACCCUAGUUGAAAUUCAACUUUCAAAAGUUCGUUGUUCCCACGAAGUUUACCCAUUGCACACGACUCAAGCAUCCCGUCAAGUUUUAGUUAUAAGUGAACUUGAAGUACGAGAUCGUUUGCAAACUUCUGAGAUUAAUAAAUUCCUAUAUCAUCCGAGUGCCAAGCAUCUGCCAAAUAAAAGCUCUCAACAUAUGAUUGUUAUAAAAGCCUUGCAUGUGCGGCCUCAUCCUAGUACUAGCAUAUCUGAAGAAUGUUCCCUUCGAAUAUCAUUGUUGCCGUUGCGACUUAAUAUUGACCAAGAUACACUGCUUUUUAUAGCUCAAUUUUUUAAUGAUUUAAGUUCAUCUGGGGAAUCUGCUGGAGCUGGAACUAAGAGUGAAGUUGCUUCGGGAUCUAAACGACAAACAUGCCUGCAGCCACCGGUAAUGAUGGUCGAUGAUUUACCAGAAGCCGUGCAAGAUUUACAAGCACGUCGAAUGGUCUCAACGAAUUUGGAUCUUCUAAUGGAGGGCGAAGAUAAAUCUCAUCGAAAGGAACAAGCAGCUGCAGCUGCUGCUGGUUCAGCAGCUAUUGCCACAGAAACUGGCAAUAAAAAAGCUCCAAUUUACUUCCGUGAAGUGAUUUUCAGUCCGGAAGUGAAUAUUCGACUGGAUUAUCAUGGCAGGCGUAUUGAACUGUCUAGAGGACCUAUAGUUGGAUUUUUAAUGGGCUUGGGGCAAUUGCAAUGCUCAGAAAUAAAAUUAAAAAAGAUUAUUUAUAAACAUGGUUUAUUGGGAAUUGAUAAAUUAAUAGCACAUUUGUGCAAAGAAUGGCUGCAGGACAUCAAAAAGAAUCAAAUUCCAGCUAUUUUGAGUGGUGUUGGACCAACUUACCCAUUCGUUCAGCUUUUCCAAGGAGUUUAUGAUCUCUUCUGGUUACCGUUUGAGCAAUAUCAAAAAGAUGGACGAUUUGUUCGCGGACUACAAUUGGGAGCACAAAGUUUCACCGCAAGAACAGCACUUGCGGCUCUAGAAAUAACCUCUAGAGUUAUUCAAUUACUGCAGUUUACUGCUGAAACAGCAUACGAUAUGGUCUCACCAGGUCCAUCCGUAAGAAGUAUUCGGCAUAAUCGUAAAGGAAAACGUAAGAGGCCCCAUCGCCCGCAAGAUAUUCGUGAAGGUGUUGUCAAUGCAUAUCAAAUUGUUCGUGAUGGUAUAAAUGACACAGCAAAUGCUCUUAUUGAAACCGCUGUCUUAGAGCACGAUCAAAAAGGAUACACUGGGGCCUUUGGUGGUAUAAUGAGGCAAAUACCCCAGCUUGUUGUGCAACCGGCAGUUUUAGCCACACAAGCAACCACAAAUAUAUUAGGCGGUGUAAAAAGUUCUCUGGUGCCCGAUGCUAAACUCGAAGCACGCCAAAAAUGGAAAGAGGACAGUGAUUAGCAGAGGCUCACAACACAUCGCCUCCAUUCUCUCAUCCACCAAUAUUGGAUUAAAAUUAUUAUUUCCAAAAUAAAACAAAUGGAAAUCAUUUUUUUUUUUAAUUUAGGACAAAGCACUCAUUAUUAUUAUUAUUUCUUUUGUAUGCUGUAGUGUUAAGUUGUGCUUGAUGUGUUAAGUUAAUAUAGUGUCUAAUGUUCUUUUCUAUCUAUAUUCUUUAAAAAAAAACAAUAUCCGCUUUCAAUAAACACAAAAAAAAAAAUAAAA